UUUCCUGCGGACAGAGUAUGUACCCUGCAGCGUGCCCAGGACAUCUGCGUGGUCAUCAUUUCCCCUCGACCAGACUCCUCGAGCCGUCUCCUCGCGAACUGUAAACAAAGGCCACCCCACCAAAAAUGUCACCCAAUCCCUUCGUCGCGACUCAGCUGCGCCAGCUUAUAUACUACAAUCUCGACAACGACCUCGUACCUAAUGCGCUAUUUCUUGCUGGUCGGCUACAUGGCCAAGAGCCUCGAAACCCGGAUGCUGCGCACUUGCUAGCAUUAUGCAACCUGCGACUAGGGCGGCUAAAAACUGCUUAUGAUUACAGUAAAGAGAAAGCUUGGCGGGGCCAGCACUUAGGAUGUGUAUAUGUAUUCGCGCAGACUUGCCUGGGACUGGAAACUUAUCAAGAGGGCAUACAAGCUUUGGAAAGAGCCCGGGGACUCUGGGCUGGCAGAAAUUAUUGGAAUAAACAUUCGGAGAUCUCGAGACGACAUCUCCCCGAUGCAGCAGCAGUUAAUUGUCUCCUCGGGAAGCUAUGGAAAGCCUCAGGAGAAGUGAAGAAAGCUGUGGUGUGCUAUGUCGAAGCACUAAAGCUGAACCCGUUCAUGUGGGAUGCUUUUCUGGACCUCUGCGAUACAGGUGCUGAAGUGCGGACGUCAAAUUUGUUUCGACUUACACCAGAAAUGCAGUCAUAUAUGCUGCAUGCUGCAGCCGCAGCUUCACAUGGUGCAGCUGAAUCACACCCUCUGCGAGCUCCAACAGUUGCUAACAGAAGUGUCUCACAUGCAGCAACGCCUGGCCACGACCCGUUCAAUCCGUCCACUCGUAAUGGGGCUGAUCCGGGCCUCAACUUUGGCGGCUCUAACCUUUUCUCUCGAUUGAACGAGGGGGUCGAGGUAUUCAACGAAGCGGAGACACCCAUAGCUAAUCUGGGUCCUUACGAGGAUAAUAGCGUAGGAGACACUGGAGGUAUUCCCGCUCUAGCUGCACCUCGCGCCCCAAUUCGUAAGAAGAAUCUUCAAUCAUUCAGCGCAGACUCUGGGAUGAGAAUCCCGAAGAUGAAGCCACUACCAGUAGAUUCUCGAUCAAAAGGCGGCUCGGAAGGCCCCGAAGUUAGCGAAUUAUCUCAACCUAUCGGUCAAAUUAACCACAAGCGGACUGUGUCAGGGCAGGUCUCUCAGGCUAGCGGCUCCACACGACAAGAUCCAAAUGCGACCACAAGGCGAAGCGUACGGCUGCAAAACGCAAAUACUGCUAGCAAGCCAACUCGACCGGAUAGCAAAAUGUCAUCCUCAUCGAACAGGGAUCCGGAAUUGAAGGAAAUGAGGGAAAUUAGGAAAACAGUACGCGCGACAGGUGUGCGAAGUCGGACCGGGACCACUUCCACUGUUGCGAGAGUCGUAUCUGGCGACAGAAAGCCGACAGAGAUGACAGAUACUAAUACCAGGGACAUUCGUGAUUCCCGGGGCUCGAGGACUACCACGAGCACAGUGGUGAACGCCCCACAAAGCAAAGCACAUCCGAACGAUGGAGCCCGAGAGAUCGAGGCGUUGCAAAUUCUCCUUGAUCUUUUAUCAAAGAUAGGGGCCGGAUAUUUCCACUUGAGUCGGUAUCAAUGUGCCGAGGCGCUCAGAGCAUUUGAGACAGUUCCAAUGCAGCAACGAGAGACGCCCUGGGUGUUGGUGCAAAUGGCAAAGGCGAAUUAUGAAGGCCAGCGUUACUCAGAAGCGGAAGAGAUGUUCAGAAGAGUCAAGAAGAUGAGUCCGUCUCGGAUGGAGGACAUGGAGAUCUACUCUACGGUCCUGUGGCAUAUGCGAAAAGAGACAGAAUUGGCCUACCUUGCGCAUGAGCUCAUUGAGGCAGAUCGUUUGUGCCCCGAGGCAUGGUGCUCAAUUGGAAACUCAUUCUCUCUCCAGCGAGAGCACGAUUCAGCUGUGAAGUGUUUCAAAAGAGCAACCCAGUUAGACCCGAAGUUCGCGUAUGGUUAUACUCUCCAGGGGCAUGAGCACGUUGCAAACGAGGAAUAUGACAAGGCACUAUAUGCUUACCGAUGCGCUAUCUCUGCCGAGCACCGUCACUACAACGGAUGGUAUGGGUUGGGCAAGGUGUAUGAGAAGAUGGGUAAAUACGAUAUCGCAGAAAAGCACUACAAAGCAGCGGCACAGAUCAACCCAACAAACGCAGUCCUGAUAGUCCGCAUCGGUGUGGUCUUAGAGAAGAUGAAGAAGACGCAAGCAGCAUUGGCACAAUUCACACACGCCUGCGACUUGGAUCCAAGAUCUGCACUGUCAAGAUUCAAGAAGGCGCACGCGCUGAUGAAACUACGGCGACUUAAUGAGGCUUUAGCAGAACUUGAAGUUUUGAAGGACCUCGCACCAGACGAGGCCAAUGUUCAUUUCUCACUAGGAAAGGUGUACAAGAUGCUGAAAGACAAAGGAUCUGCGAUCAGGCACUUCACAAUUGCUUUGAAUCUCGAUCCCAAGGCUGCGCAAUAUAUAAAAGAGACUAUGGAGACUCUGGACGAUGACGAUGACGAUGACGACGACGCGUACGACGAUGAUCAUAACGACAUCUAGUGGUUGCGUGCCUGUGAUAGGCUGUGUUUGGAAACUCGACGGGGAUGAAGACAGUGGAUUCAUCAUUAAUAGCAUUGCCAUCUUGACGACCAGCGAGCGAAUUGUUGUUUUUGGAGACAGCAUGGGACAGCAUUUUGAACAUGGCGUUGAACUGGAUACCACGAGCUUUGUCAAGGAGAAGGGAGUUUGGAUCGUGAUUGUGGAUUGUCUAUACACUCUGGAAACCGCACAGGGCAGCUUGGUUGACUUAUGGAGUGUCAC